CUCUCUCUUUUAAAAUAAAAACACACCUUGUGGUUUUCUCUGCCUCUUACCCUGUUGCUCGCUCUCAUUCUGCGUCGUCUCCGUUAUCGUGCGCUGCGCUUCUCGAACAAUCUCCACCUCACAGUUCCCACUUCUUCUUCUUCCCGAUCUUUCCACCACUCCAGUGCAAUCAUGAGUGACGAAGGAGAAAGGUCAUGCCCUCUCUGUGCUGAAGAGAUGGAUUUGACUGAUCAGCAGUUGAAACCAUGCAAAUGUGGCUAUGAGAUAUGUGUCUGGUGUUGGCAUCACAUAAUGGACAUGGCUGAAAAGGAUGACACAGAGGGACGAUGCCCUGCAUGUCGUUCUCCAUAUGAUAAGGAAAAGAUUGUCGGGAUGGCUUCAAACUGUGACAGAUUGUUGGCUGGGGUCCAUAUGGAAAGAAAAACGAAGAGCCAGAAAGCAAAAUCUAAAUCAUCUGAAGGACGGAAGCAGCUCAGUAAUGUGCGAGUGAUUCAGCGGAAUCUUGUUUACAUAAUGGGAUUGCCCCUCAAUCUGGCAGAUGAAGAUCUUCUCCAGCGGCGGGAGUAUUUUGGCCAGUAUGGGAAGGUCUUAAAAGUGUCAAUGUCCCGGACAGCAGCUGGUGUUGUUCAGCAGUUUCCGAACAAUACUUGUAGUGUAUAUAUUACUUAUUCAAAGGAAGAAGAAGCAAUUCGAUGCAUUCAAAAUGUACAUGGAUUUGUUUUGGAGGGUAGACCUUUAAGGGCUUGUUAUGGAACCACUAAAUAUUGUCAUGCAUGGCUCAGAAACAUGCCUUGCAGCAAUUCGGAUUGUCUAUAUCUGCAUGAGAUUGGCUCUCAAGAAGAUAGUUUCAUAAAAGAUGAUAUAGUUUCUGAAUGCACUAGAAGCCGUCUUCAACAAAUUACCGGUGCUGCAUACAAUUUGCAACGGCGGUCAGGGAAUGUACUGCCUCCUCCAAUGGAUGAUUGUGCAAAUAAUUCUUCAGGAAACCCCAUUGUGAAAAACGCUUCAAAUAAUUCAGUUAGCAUUGUAAGAGGUUCGCCUCCUAAUGGAAGUUCUGGGAGGCCUAUGGCUCUUCCUGCUGCUGCAUGGGGUACACGGGCUACAAAUUGUAAGCCAGCUGCUGGAGGUGUGUUAUGUCCAAAUGGAGUGUCCAAUCCCAAACCUGAUCCAAUCAGCAGUACCCUACCCUUUUCCUCAGCUGUUGUAGGCACAAAUCAGGCUUCAAUACAAAGUGGUGCGGCAAAGAGACCACCGUCAAGUGAUGGGAGUCAUAGUAUUACACCUGGAGUCAAUAAUAAUAGCAUAGAUGUCCUUGGCAGUGCUUGUGAAAAAAAAUUGCCUUCUGAUGUUUCUUCAACACCUGUGAAUUUGAACAGCCAGUUGUCUUCUCUACCAUUAGCUAAAGAUUCUGAUAGAGGGAGAUGUUCUACAUCAGAGACAACAAAUUCUAUUGGCAGCUUUGGUCAUGAGGAAGCAAUUACUUCUACCAAUGAAGAGAUUCAGAAUUUGUCCUAUGAGUUGUCCUCUGGAAACACUGAUAGAAAUGCCCUAAAUGAACACCACAACCUAUCCAAACCUAGCAGCCCACCUCCUGAUAAUGUCCUGGUUAAUUCUAUGCAAUCUCACAGAUCACAGUAUAAUGCUGACAAAUUUAGUGAUCCGGUAAUAACAAAUACUGACAGUAAAGGUGCUAUAUCAGAUAAUGAGGUUCGUACAUUGAAGGAAGAAUAUAAUUUGAGAUUGGAUUCUCAAUCUCAAGUAGUAUCAGAUAAUGCUGAAGUGGAAGAUGAUGUGACGUCUUUUGAUAAUCAGAGACUUAAGGAUCCAGAAGUUUUGUGUCGUUCUUAUUUGCCAAAGUCGAGUUCCCUUAGUGUCUCCAACCAUUCAAGUCCUCAUAUUCUGCAGCAUGGGGAACCUUGUACUGUUAUAAAUGCUGGUUCUUUAGCUGCAGAUAAUAAAAAUGGGGAUGACUCACUAUUACAUGGGUCUAAUGUAUUAGGCAAUGGACAUCCUGAGAAAUUGGUCAGCACCAACUCUUAUGGGUUGCUUCAUGAGGAAAGGAACGAGCAAUGCAUUGGAAGAUUAGUUAGUGAAGCAGUUAAUUGUGGAAGUGAUGCUGCUGUGGAUAAGGGCGAGAGUAGUAUAAUUUCAAAUAUAUUGUCCAUGGAUUUUGAUACCUGUGAUGACUCACUAAUAUCAUCUGAGAGGUUGGCCAAGCUGUUGGGUGACAACAUCAACAACCAGAAUGGCCCGCUAAAGAAAUCUAGUUCUUGGAAAGUUCAAAGUAAUCAAUCAAGAUUCUCUUUUGCAAGACAGGAGGAAUCCAAAAUCCAAGCCUUUGAUGUACAUCCAUCUUAUGGUGCCAACCAACAAUUUCCAAAGAGCCCCUCACUCUUCCAGGGUUUUAUGGAAAGAGACUUGUCUUUGGAUAGGCUGGGUAUUGCAAAUGGCUUUCAUGCCAAUAACCUUGAGGAAUCUGGAAAUCUAGGCAAUGGUCUUUUUGUUGCUUCUUCUAAUAAGCCUUCCUCUGUUUCAAGAGCGCAGUUUUCAGCACCGCCAGGAUUUUCAGUUCCAAGCAGGCCACCACCUCCUGGUUUCUCCUCUUAUGAGAGAAUGGGGCAGGCUUUUGACUCUACUUCUGGUAAUUCAUUGCUUGACACAUCUUUUUCACUGAGAAAUUCAUAUCAGACACCCUCAACUGGAAAUGUUGGUGGCGCAGGAGACAUUGAAUUUAUGGAUCCUGCUAUUUUGGCAGUUGGUAAAGGGAGACUUCAAGGUACACUAAACAGCCCAUCACUGGACGUUCCAUCCAAUUAUUCCUCACAGUUGAACUACUUUGAAAAUGAGGCCAGACUUCAAUUAUUGAUGCAAAGAUCUCUCUCACCACAGCAAAACCUUCGCGGGAAUUCUUUUUCUCCGCUUGGUAAUUCUUAUGGCAUUUCUUCACAGUUAGAUCAAACACAAGCCAGUAAUCUGGCAUCAUAUCCUCAGUUGUCCCUGCAGCAAUCUCAUGAUGCAGUCUUUCCAAAUGGCCAAUGGAAUGGGUGGAAUGAAAUGCAGAGCAGUAAUAAUCUUAGUGUAGCUGAGCUUCUGAGAAAUGAGAGACUUGGAUUUAGCAAAUUUUAUAGAGGAUUUGAUGAUUCAAAAUAUCAGAUGCCAAAUUCUGGAGAUCUGUACAACAGGACAUUUGGGAUUUGAACUUAUUGGCUGUAUUUAUAGACUAUAUUUCACAAUGUUGACCAAGGUAAAGCCAAGCCUGAAAUGGACAAACACAAAUUUUCCCGUGUUGUCAAAGGUGAUGGGUCCAGUGCAUUACAUGAUGAGUCUUUUGGGCUACUACCCGAUGAUGAAACUCUUAAAAAGUGCAGUUUUU